AUGUAUCAAAGCUCAGCCUCACUGACCCAUCCACUUCCUAGGUACACGUGCUUGGUAGCUAAAGAAGAAGAGAAGGCUGGGCUGGGCUGGCUGGGCUGGCUUGGGAUGUUGACACCUCGAGGCUUCGAAAGCCUCCAACUCUCGAGGCCUGUCAAUGCUAAUAAUGCUCAUGAUCGGUGCUAG